CAUUGCGCGUGCACGGCCUGGCGCUUACUGUUGCUGCGGCGGUGGCGGGCGAGGAUUAGGCCGGGCCCACUCUGGCCAGUUUCAGUAACCAACCCUGGUCUGCGGACGGGAUCCUAUCUCUCAAAAGCUCUGUCUGCGCUAAUUCACUGCCGCCCCUCGGGGUCGUGGCAGGGCCCUUCUGGGGAUUUCAAACCAGGGCAGAGCCGGGAAGUAGACGAUCACAGAGGGCGACUUAUUACUAUCCUGCCCACCAUGGCCAGGCGCCCACGGAGCAGCAGAGCGUGGCAUUUUGUCCUGAGUGCAGCUCGCCGAGAUGCGGAUGCCCGGGCCGUGGCUCUGGCAGGGUCCACCAACUGGGGCUACGACUCUGAUGGGCAGCCUGAGACCAUGGGGCUUGCUCGUCAGGGUCCUGUGAUGGGGGUUGAGAGCACACCCUUGCACGGACAAGGGGACCACGGCCAUCGGCCCCCCUGGAGCCCAGCUGCUGCCACGGGGAGACCAGGUGCCUUCAUUAGCGACUCAGAUUCCGACCCCGAGUAUGCAUCUCUGCCGUCAUCCAUCCCCAGCGCCGUGCCUGUGACUGGGGAGUCCUUCUGCGACUGUGACAGUCAGAGUGAGGCCUUCUGCGGCAGUCUGCACGCCGCCCACCGGGGCAGGGACUGCCGCUGCGGGGAGGAGGACGAGUAUUUUGACUGGGUCUGGGAUGACCUGAAUAAGUCCUCGGCCACCCUGCUGAGCUGUGACAACCGGAAGGUCAACUUCCACAUGGAAUACAGCUGUGGCACAGCGGCCAUCCGGGGUACAAAGGAGCUGGGGGAGGGCCAGCACUUCUGGGAGAUCAAGAUGACCUCGCCCGUCUAUGGCACUGACAUGAUGGUGGGCAUCGGGACAUCGGACGUGGACCUGGACAAGUACCACCACACAUUCUGCAGCCUGCUCGGCCGGGACGAGGACAGCUGGGGCCUCUCCUACACGGGCCUCCUCCACCACAAGGGCGACAAGAUGAGCUUCUCCUCCCGGUUCGGCCAGGGCUCCAUCAUUGGCGUGCACCUGGACACCUGGCAUGGGACGCUGACCUUUUUUAAGAACAGGAAGUGCAUAGGAGUGGCAGCCACCAAGCUGCAGAACAAGAGGUUCUACCCAAUGGUGUGCUCCACGGCGGCCAAGAGCAGCAUGAAGGUGAUCCGCUCCUGUGCCAGCAUCACCUCCCUGCAAUACCUGUGCUGCUACCGCCUGCGCCAGCUGCGGCCUGACUCUGGGGACACGCUCGAGGGCCUGCCCCUGCCGCCCGGCCUCAAGCAGGUGCUGCACCACAAGCUGGGCUGGGUCCUGAGCAUGAGCUGCGGCCACCGCAAGCCCCCCACACCCUCGCCCAUGGCCAAUCCCAGCAGCCCUGAGACCCGGCGCUGCCAGAGGAAGCGCUGCCGAAGGACCUAGCUUGUUUCCCAGUGAAAACUGCCUUCUACAGCUGGGAUGGCGUUUUCUCUGUUUCUCCCUUUGGACCACCCCCAGGGCAACAGGAGAGGGAGGACUGAACCAAGGUUUGUCUCGGCUGCCCCCCUGCCACCCGAGGCUGGGAGAGGCCUUGCUACAGGGGCUCCGGGGCCAUUAUCCCUGUGAUCCGGAGACCCGGACUUCCUAGUCUGUCUGCUUCCUGUGCCGGGUGUGGGAGCAGCCACUUUCCUUCUCAGAGUCUCUGGGGAGCUGCUGCCCCAGCAUGUCUGGACUCAGGCUGCAGGCCUGGGAGGCUGGUCUGCUGCCUGUGAGGAGGACGGCUUCGUGAGAGGUCGGCUCUUCCUGCUGUCGCCGCCGGCCUUGGGUUUUUCUUAACUUGCUUUGCAUGUUGUCAGCUGCUGUUCCUCUCGUCUGAGGCUGAAAACGACCGUAAUAAACUUAGAGUUUAUGUCUGAUG